AACAUACUACCCGACCGCCCCUUCAUUGUGGGAGUACUGUGGCACACAACAGAGCGAACUAAGGAAGCGGGAAAGCCAUGGCCUUUUCUUCAUUGCAAUCAACCUCUUCUUCUGUGUUGAACAGAGUCCGAUUUUGCCAGCGCUCUUUCUCUGCCAAGCCCUCGUCUUCUUCUUCCCAUCGGGCAGUCAAAGACAAAGACAAAGAGAAAAUGAUGUCUGAUUCCGACAGGAAAACGCCUACGAUGUCUCAACUUCAGGAAUCAGCCGACCACUUUCUGAGAUACUCAAAGAGGUGAACAAGAAGGUCCCUGAUUCCCUCAUCAAGUUUCGCCACGAACCUAAUGACUUCUCCGUCAAAUAUAUCCUCUGGCAUAUUGUGAAUAGAAUUCUGACCUUAAAUGCUCCGACAUGGUCUGGUAAAGCUGUACUCAUCUCUCUCAAGCCAAAGUUUUCCCUCUUGAACCGAUAUGGAACAAUCUGAUGAAAAUCAAAGAGUGAGUUGGAGAAAUGUCAAUGUAGUGAAAACCUUUUUAGAGACUUGUAUUGAAGAAGUAUCCUUAAACGGGAGACUUAGAAACAGUUUGAAGCCGGAUUCAUGGAACAAGGUUAAGCUAGCUCUGGAGACUUCUCAUGGUUUACGAGUCACUCAGAAGCAGAUGAAGAAUCAUUAUGAUUAUUUAAAAGAAAAAUAUCAAGCUUGGCUGCCGAUAACUAAAAAGACUGGCAAUUUUUAUGAUCCAGCAACCAAUUCCAUUCGAAUGUCUAAUGUUGAGUGGGAUGAGUACAUAAAGGCUCAUCCAAAAGCAAAGACAUUGAAGAGCUCACCUCUACCUUUUCCGGAUCUUUGUACAAGACUUUUUGAGGAUUCUAGUGGAACAGAAGUUCAUGGUCAGAGUCCAAGCGGUACAAUUCCCGGGCCUAAUAUGUCUUAUGUAUCUACUGAUAAAGAUAUAGAUACACCUGAUGUUGCCGAAGAUCUACUUGGUGACAAAAAUGAUGGAGCUUCUAAUAAUUCUACGUCUCAAUCUUCAGUUCCAGUUGAAAGGAAAAGUUUAGGAAUUAAGAGAAAAUUCUCAUUGUCUCAAUUGGAAGUUGAUGAGAAGAUGAGCAUUGCAUUGGAGAUAUUGAUUAAAAAAAAUAGUGGGCCUGACAUUGAGGAAUGUAUGGACAAAUUAGAGGGACUUGGAUGGGAAGAACCGUUAUACAGCGCAGCUGUUAGUAUACUUUGUGAAGGUGAUAGUCACAGAAAAGUAUGGAUGAAAAUGAUAGAGGUCGACAAAUUAGAGAGUUGGAUCAAAGUCAUGGGGAAAAGGAUAGGAAUUCUUUGAUUUUGCUAAUUAGCUAAUAUAUACUUUAGAUGUUGAUUGUAUGGAACCUUUUCUUUCUUGUUUCCUAACUAGUAUCUAUUAUGUUUAUGGAACUUUGGGUUACUAUAAUAUGCUUAUGGAACACUUUCUGUUUGU